AUGCUUUCUCUUAUAAUGGAUAAUGUGUCUAAUGUAAGAAGUUUCAUUCUAUCAGGAUUUAAUGAGACGAUGAAUUUCAGAGUCCCCCUCUUCUCACUCACUUUAAUGUAUUACUGUGUGAUUUUAUUUUUCAAUAUCUCUCUCAUUGUGAUCAUUAUCUCAGAUGAAAUCCUGCAUGAACCCAUGUACAUUUUAUUGAGCAGUUUUUGCAUUAAUGCAGUUUAUGGGACCACAGGUUUCUACCCCAAAUUCCUUUCAGAUUUACUGUUGUCUUCUCAAACAAUAUCAUAUGAAGGGUGCCUUUUACAGGCUUUUAUCAUGUACUCAUUUGCCUGCUGUGAUUUGUCCAUUUUAGCUGUUAUGGCCUUUGACAGGUAUCUGGCUAUAUGUCGACCGCUGCACUACCACUCUUUCAUGACUAAGAGGAGGCUCUCUCAGCUGGUGUGUUUCUCCUGGCUGACACCUUUAUGCAUUUUCUCCAUUAAUGCUGUGCUAACAUCAAGAAUCAAGUUAUGUGGGGUAAACAUUCAGAGAGUCUUAUGUCUGGACUGGUUAAUUGUUAAACUUGCUUGUCCUGAAACUGAUACAUUUUCAAAGAACAUCACUGCGUAUGCAACCAUUAUCAUUUAUGUGUCUCAUGGCUUUUUCAUAAUUUGGACUUACAUGCAUCUUAUUAAAACAUGUGUGAGGUCCAAAGAAGACAGGGCAAAGUUUAUGCAGACCUGUAUGCCCCAUCUGAUCUCUUUAAUUACAUUUUUAGUUGUAAUGUUUUUUGAUCCAGCAUACAAGCAAUUUGGUUCCACAGAUUUAUCUCGAAGCCUCCAAAACUUUAUUGCUAUUGAAUUUCUCAUCAUCCCUCCAGUUAUGAAUCCUCUCAUAUAUGGAUUCAAACUCACCAAAAUACGAAACAGAAUUUUGGGUGUAGUUUAUUUUAAAAGAAAAUGA